AAAUCAACAAUGUCGAUCAGUAAUUUGUUUGUAAAUACAUCUGAUGCUGGAAUUCGUCUUGUUACCUCCAUUUUGCUUGGAUUACCCAUCGCCCUUGUGCACAGGUACUUUUUAUAUGGAAAAUGUCCAACUCGUCAACAUGUAUUUUUUACAACCUGUGGCAUGUUGCUCUGCUUAUGGAAUUAUGGACUGAAUACAUUUCAUUCAGCAGUAUCAGUAUGCAUCACUUAUUGCAUCUUAAAACUUUUUGGAGGUUCAUCCUUGUCUGUGUUUCUUACUUUCACCUUCAACAUGGUUUAUCUUUUAUGCGGCUAUUAUGCAACAGGUACAGAUAAUUAUGAUAUAAAAUGGACUAUGCCACAAUGCGUACUAACACUACGAUUAAUCGGUCUAGCGUUCAAUUUGAUGGACGGCAGAAAAUCCAAAGAAAACUUAUCUGUAUCACAGGAGAAAUUGGCUUUGAAAGAACAACCAACGCUUUUACAAAUUGCAGCAUUUACAUAUUUUCCAGGAGCAUUUUUGGUUGGGCCACAAUUUAGCAUGAAAAGAUACUUAAACUUUGUGCAAGGUCGACAUAUAACAGACAACGUAGAUGCUAAUUCUGGGAAUGUUACAAUUGAAUAUCCUGAUUGUCUUGUUCCUGGCAUACUUCGAAUAUGUGUCGGAUUUAUAUAUACCAUACUCUACCUAUUAGGGACUCAAUAUAUCCCUGAUGAGUAUCUGUUCAGUCCAGAAUUUGGAAAGCAGGCUUUCUUGAAACGUCUUAUUUUGAUUGGCUUUUGGGGCCAUUUUAGUCUUUAUAAAUACAUUGUUUGCUGGUUAUUUGCUGAAGGGGUUUGUACAACUUUUGGUCUCACUUACAAUGGAAAAGAUGAAAAAGGUCACUCUCUUUGGAAUGGUUGUGAAAAUGUUAAAUUGUUAACAUUUGAAACUUCAACUCACUUUAAUGAUUAUAUUAAAUCAUUUAAUAUAAACACCAAUAACUGGUGUGCAGAAUACAUUUACAAAAGGUUGAAAUUUUUGGGAUCAAAAUUAUAUAGUCAAUUUUUAACUCUACUUUUCCUUGCAAUAUGGCAUGGAUUGCAUUCGGGAUAUUAUGUUUGCUUCUUUCUGGAGUACAUUAUCAUGUAUGCUGAAACAGAUUUAACUCAAAUAUUGAAGGGACACGAGAAAUUACAGAGUCUCUUAAAAAGUUAUUCUGUACUUCGGAUUCUUUCCUGGAUUUUAAGGAUGAUCUUCACGUUUGUCUUCAUGGGUUACAGUUUGAUUUGUUUCGCCUUUUUAACAUAUCCUCGUUAUCAUCAGGUUUAUUCUUCCGUUUACUAUUGCGGCCAUGUAAUUUAUUUAUCUUAUCCUAUCAUUUCCAUAUUGCUUAAAAAAUUUUUACUUAAAAAACGUUUUAAAAAACUUGAAUAACAA